AUGAAACUACACGAGGGCCACCCAGUCGAAGUGGCCCUCAAGGGGGGUGCUAAGUUUGGCAUGACCCAGCUCGUGCGAGGGGACGAUUCGACAUAUCAGGGUCCAGGGCUCAAGCUGAUCGCGGGCGUAGGCAUCAUGUUUGACAAUCGAAGGAGGAAUAAGUUUGCCGGGUUCAUCAACGAGCGCAACGUGGGAACUGAGGAAGAUCGAACCAUCCAAGUUGAAGUGAUGGAGGCGUUGGGGAACUGUCCUAAAUACAUCAACACACGCCGUCUUGUUGCUCAUCCAGAGCACAGGCCUGUGGUGCUGCACACGUCGCUCGACCUGACACCUGGCGAACAUCUUCCAGCUGAGACUCUGAAACAUAUCGCCCAAGCAGACGCCAUCUUUCUCGCGACACGAUACACCAGUCCGGCACAGACCAUCUUCAAGUCGCAUCUCGGCAUCAAUAUCCGAGGAGGCAAGCCAGGCUUCCUUCGAGUCACCACCGAAACCGUCACCAAAAAUGAAGGCGAGAAGGAGCAGAGGCAGGUGGCGUACCUGCCGGACUAUUCGGGUAACAGAUUCAUGAGCUCGCUUGGCAAUGUCCAUAGCGACAAGGUGGCAGGUAUCACAGUACCUUUGAUGAAGAAAGGGACUCCCAUCGAUGUCGUCUACUUGACGGGCGACGCGCAGGUGCUGCUGGGCAAAGAAUCGACCAGCAUCUUCCCAGGUGUCAACACAUGCGUUCGUAUCGAGCUGACCGGCUACAUGCAUGUUCAAGACGCAGUUCCGCUCAUUCCCGAGGCAUUCGAUCCAGCUGACGGCGUGGAAGACUUUGACAGCAAAGGUGAAGAUGGCAUAGGCUGGAGCCCGUACAAUCCUCCCGUGCGGCGGCUGCGUUCAGAGCUGUCGUCUUCUGCUCCAACGAACUUCGCUUCACCCUCGGAAGCACCACUGAACGUGGCCAGCAUCAUUGCAUUCGAACAGCACACCCUGGACCUUGCAACAGUGACGUUCAAGCUCGCCCAGCCGGUCAAGUACAAAGCCGGACAGCACGUGAUCCUGGAUUGCGGCUCGCUGCUCGACGCAGAGGUGAAGGAGUAUAAGCAUAUGUCGGACAAAUACGGAGGCGAGCAAGAGCUCAACGAUAGUGGAGUGCGCACCUGGACGAUAAGCUCUGCGCCCACUGAUGCAGCUGACGACACGCUGAAGGUGACAAUGCGAAGGGUUGAGAGGGGUCUGAUAACACCCAAGUUAUUCGAGGCUGCAAAGGCAGCUUCGCUGAACAAGACAGCUGGUGCGCUGCCGGUGCUCGGCGUAGGUGGAGACUUUGUUCUCGGAUCAGGUGCGAGAGACGGCAGCAAGCUGCUGUGGGUCGCGUCGGGUGUAGGCAUCACGCCCUUCCUGUCUUUCCUGCGCUCAUUAACGAACUCUGGAUCAAAACGGCUCGACAUCACGUUGGUGCUCGCUGUGCGAAGGGCAGAAGCUGCCGCCAUGCUCGAGCUUGUUCACGCCGCAACUACUUCUCAAGCUCUGUCCUCGGCUGGAACCUUGGCGAUUCACAUCUUUUCGGCAGGGUUGCAGCAGUCGGACGCACUCUCAGCGGCCCACUUUAGCUCAAGCGCAUUCAAGAUCGAUCUCACGCUCCACGACGCCCGGCUGAGCUCGGACCUGUUGCUGACCACCUGCAAUGCAGCCGAAAAGGCGGAAGCCUGGGUUUGUGGGCCUCCUUCGCUGGAAUCGUCGGCUCUGCAGACGUUGGAGAGAGCCGGUUGGCCUGCUGAUAAGGUUCAUCGUGAAUCGUUUUCGUUUUGA